CCCUAGGCAAGGGCAGAGGAUGCAACCGCCCGCGGCACAGGAUGCCGGGCGCAAGGACUCGCGGGAGCAAGCCGGCAAGGGCACGCAGGGCGCAGAGUCCCGUGAGGAGCGCGCCAAGGCCCCCACGCCGGGCUGGAUCCUAACACUGGAGAAACUGGAGGCCAUGCGUCCCGCGCAGCGCCACCGCCACCUGCUCUUCGGCGACCUGCUUGAGGACGUGGGCGCGACCGCUUCCAUCUUCCCGCGCGAGUCAGUGGAGCUGGGAUACCGUAUGCCCGACCUGCGCGCUUGGACGCAGUCACUCGAGCAGUCCGCGGAGCGCCAGGACCGGCUCCUCGGCGUCCUCAAGGCCGCAGAGGCCCGCGGACGAAUCCGCGCCUUGCGACUGCGCUACAACCAGUUGCGAGCGGAGGAGAUCUCGCUCCUCGUCCAGCGGCAGAAGUCCGCGCGCGCCGCCAUCCGGCUGGAGCUGUUUCUGCCGCCGCAGCUGAAGCCCACGCGGAUCCCAGACCCCCUGGACCGUCAAGAGGUGCCUGCAAGCCCGGGACAGGGAGGAGAGAGGGCCCCGCCCGCCUCCCUACACACCUGGCCCCAGCCCCUCUCCCCCGCAGCGGAGGCGCUUGGAGACCAUCCUGGAGGAGAAAGCCGAUGGCUGCAUCUUCCCGCGUUGACGGCGACCCCACCUGCCCAUAUAAAGUUCUCAGUCUCCAAGAACCUGUUGGCCUUUACACCCCGCCUCCAGGUCCCCCGAGAGGAAGGGGGGUUUGGAUGCUGCCUCUCCCACAUAGGAUGUCACAGACAUUGGGGUACACAGAGUGGGGCUCCUCCUACAAAGUAGGAAGUUGCAAGUUGGGCGGGUGUCAUUAACAGGGAACAAGGAUACCCGUCAACCCAGAAAUCCGGGGCUGCCCCCAUCAGGCAGCCUCCUGCCCUGUGAGUCCAUGGGGUCCAGGAGAGGGGCCAGCAUGUCACACCCCCAGAAGUAAGGGCAGCCUCAGGGAGAGAGUGGGGCUGAAGUGGGACCCCCAGAUUGCAGGUCAUCCUCUCAGAAGGUCAGAGAGGAGGGUGACAUUCUGGGCAAAGGAAGUAGCUGCACACAAAGCUGGGCUUUGGAGAGUCAGCUAUGCGGGGAGGUCCUCCAGGGCCUGAGAGACUGGAGGAGUGGAGAGCCCCCCUCAGGGGGGCCCUGCUGCCUCAGACAGAAAAUCGCCCUCUGGUUUUCCUUUCCAUCCUGAAGGGCCUCUUCUGCCCCCUCUGCCUCUCUUACCACCUCACCACACACACACCCAGGACUGGAAGGAAGCCGCCCCGUCCCAUUCUGACAAGCCUAUGUCCUGCAAACCCUCUGGAUUCUGAAGAGCCUCCAUGUUUCUGGACAGACCUUCAAGAACACUCUUCUCCCACACAGGCCAUUCGCAGAGCCCGGGACUUUUCUCAGCCACCUCUCCAGUGGGGGCUCAGGGACCCAGACCAGCCCCACCCCUGCCAGGGGGCUCCUGCUGCAUGGACAGCAGCAGAGCCAACCCUGGAGGGGUGCAGAGGUCAGAGCUGGGGUCUGGCCAGGAAUCCUGCUCAGUGGCAGUCACUGCCCCUCCCUAAUCCGGCUGAGGAUGGGGACCCGGACCCUCAGUGCCCUCAGCAAGUCCUUCUCCCCGUUGCUGCCUUUGGCCUUGAUGGACACCCAGAACUGUGUGUGUGGAGUGGGAGGGAUGGGGGAGGAGGGUCAGGAGAGAAGGUAGCUUGGACCAGGGACAGAGACAGGAAAGGGGAAGCAGCCUCUGUCCAGGAGUGGUGGCCACUGGCACCCAGACAGGCAUGGGAGGACAGCCAGCCCUGGCCCCUGGCCCAGCUCCCUGCCAUCUGGACCCAGCGCCCCGUCUCUUGGGGACGUACUGAGUGCCUAGAAUGAUUUCAUCUUUUUAGCAGCAGCACAUUUUAUUUCACCACUUCUCUAAGCUUCCAUUUCUUCAUCCCUAAAACACAGUCUCAAGGGUCUCACCUGGUGCCGUGUGCUCCACAGUGAUCGCUCCCUAAGGCAGGGUCACUGCAUUAGGCAGGCCCCUGAGGACAGGGGGACAAGGCAGAUGCACAAAGCCCUGAGGAGAAGGCCAGCAAGAGGGUGGCAUCGCAGCCAGCUGUGCACAUGGGGCUCCCUUUGAUCCUGCCAGAGAGGGGCCUAGGUUUGCAGACAGGCCACAGGAAGUGGCAGAGGAAAGUGGUGGGAGCUGGAGACAGCUUCUGCUCUGCGAGAGCAAAGCCUGUACCACAUCCUGGGGGCUGUGAGGGAUCAGGUGGGAUCCUGGGCUGAGGCUCAUGCUCUGGACAGAGGGUCCUGGGGUCAAUCCCAUCUCCACCAUCACCUGCUCUAUGGCCUUGAGGAGUUCCUGCCCAGCCCACCUGAGCUCCUCCUUGGACUGUGAGGACACUGCAGAGACAGACUCCCCAGAGACCCAGAGGAUGGAGUGGCCUGAGGAGGGAGAGAAGUGUGCUGACCCCACCCAUGGCCAGCUGUCCUACACAUCUUAGGAGGUGGGUGAAGACACUAUACAAGUACUGCAAGAUGGCCCUAGCUGUGUGACCUUGGCCAGGUGCUGGCCCAUCUCUGAGAGGUAGGACCCACCUCUCAGGACUGUCAUCUGGGCUACAUGAGAAGCGGUCGUCUCCUGUCUGGACAGGCU